UACAUCAUAAUGAUUACCUUAAAUACAGAUUGAUACUCUGUUUUGUUAUAACCACUGACGUUGUGAACAAUUUGUAGGUCGUUAGCAAUAACGUUGCCCCGCUGUGUUCGUAAAUGGAUGAACUGGAUAGUCUGCUGAAUGAGUUGCACCAAACUAAUCAGAAAAUCCUGCAGAAAAAUAAUGCUCUUAAUUCAUCCUCCUACUGCAGUAGUACUCUCACUCAUGUAACGAAAACGGACAAAAGGAUUGAAUCAGAUUACAAUACUGUUGAUUCACGACAAUGUCAAUCAGGAGAAGCAGUUAGUCGGAACGGUGAUCAUUCGAGUUCUACACAACCUGAGAGCGUUAAUGAUCUUAAUAAAAUGCUAGCUGGUCUUGACAACUUUGACUAUUUGCAUACUGAUGAAAUUCCACAGGCGCACUUCGGCUUUAAGUUGACUGGUAAACGAAACUGGUCACUUUUACACACCAAUUUGUUGAUAAUCUGAAACUUUUCCUUUGAUUAGUGUUAGUAAUCAGUCUUAAUAUUCUGUACUUUUAAUUUUAUCCUUCGUUAAUAAGACGUGAGGACUUUGUGUGCAUGCAGACCGUUUGAAUCUAUAUAUCUGGCCUCUCGGUUCUCUCGAAUAAAAUUAAAAUAACUCACAGUAUCCUACUUAACAACUCUAUCAAUGGUGAAGACCUUUGUGUAUAUUGUUACUGUUUUCCAACUUAUUGAAUUCAGAGUAGAUAAUCAGAGUGAAAGAGGUCAGUCACAUGCAACUCCAAAUUAUCAUAUAAAUACAUCUACAUCGGUUGAUAAACAUUCAGAAAACGGUUUGAAUACUCUACACCCAAAUAAACAAACAAUGUUGGCAGCAAAAGAAGCUGAAAGACAAUUAGAUGAUCUGUUACAUUCUUUAAAACAAUUCAAGAUUAAUAAUCAUCAAAGCGAUUCUGGUGCUGAACUACUAAUUAAUAUUAGUAAUUCAGUCACUGAUAAUUCAAUAUCCGAUAUUCAUCAAAGAAAUUCACGAACACCUUCACAAAAGUCUUCUACAACAUCAAAUUAUAAGUUUGAUACUAAUAGUAGCACUAAUAGUAUCAAUAAUAACAGUGUGACAGUAGAUAUUAACAGCAAUUAUAAUUAUGAUCAGCAUCAUGACAAUAAAAUUCAUCAAAAUACUGAUAAUUUGAACGUUACUGCACGAUUACAAAGGCAUAAUGCUAAACGUAUAAUACCACCGAAUUACGAUCAGAUCAACAAUGUUUCAUCUACAGAACAAGGUCCAACUCAACUAUUAAAUUCAAUGCUUAAUGAUUUAUCGUCUGAACUAUCUCAGCAUGGUGCGAAAACUAAUCCUCGUGGACAGUGUUAUGCUUGUCAAAAGCCUAUAAAUGGAACGUUAAUAACAGCUAUUGGUAAAGAAUGGCAUCCGGAACAUUUCACUUGUGCUAGUUGUCGUGUUGGUUUAGUUCGUCAAGAUUUUUAUGAACGUGAUGAUCAAGCUUAUUGUACUCAAUGUCAUCUAAAAAUGUUCUCACCUAGAUGUGGUUAUUGUGGUGAAGCAGUUGUUGAGAAAUGUGUUUUGGCUUUGGCCCGUGCAUGGCAUCCUGAGCACUUUUUUUGUUACGAAUGUCAUUCCACUUUUAAUGGAUCGUUAACAGUACAUGAACAAAAUGGCAAAUUUUACUGCUCUAACUGCUAUUUCACACGAUUUGGAACUCCAUGCUCUGGCUGUCAACAACCUAUUACAGAUGCAUAUAUAACUGCACUGGAUAUGCCUUGGCACAAAGACUGUUUUACUUGUCACGAUUGUAAUAGAAUACUCACUGGGUCAAGUUUCCAUGAAAUUGAAGGAUAUCCUUACUGUGAUUCUCACUAUUAUUCAAGACGUGGAUUAUUAUGCUUUGCAUGCUCCCUACCAAUUACUGGAAGGUGUGUAAACGCGCUCGGUAAACGUUAUCAUCCAGAGCAUUUUUUAUGCGCUUAUUGUUUACAUCCAUUACAAACUGGUACAUUUAAAGAACAUUCAAGUAAACCAUACUGUCAUCAGUGUUUUACCCAAUUGUUUGGUUAGUAUGAUGUACAAAUAUCUAUCUACAAAUAUACUACUGUUUUUUGUCUUCAUGUUUAAGUUUCAGAUAUUGGAAGUUGAACAGUUAUGUUUAUUACCUUUAAACUCAAAAUAGUAUGAUAAACAGUAAAUGUUAAAUUAUUUUUAAAUACUAUGCUUCAAAGUAUUGUACAUACUGUUUGUAUCCUGCUUUUUUAUUAGUUAGUCUUACAUCUCAUAACCUGUUUCUUGCUUAGGCUCAACAACUUACGCAAAGAUUUAUCAAGCACACUGUGUUAGUCAACAUCCCACUUUUGAAUUUACAUCGCCUCUGAAUGCGUGUUGCGUGUGUUUUUUUUAUUUCCCAAACACUAUUUGAUGUAAAAAAAAGAAGUGAUAUAUUCAUUUUGUAAUUUCAGUAUUCCGUUAUUACUCCUGAUCAUCUUCGCCUAAUUGAAUAUUUUAAAAUUUUUAUGUGUACUAAACAUUUUGAUAAUUAUUCAAUUAAGAGCGAACUACAUAUAGCCUAAAUAAUUGAAAAUCAUUAAUUUUAUGAUUUAAAAUCUAUUUUUUAUCCUGAUAAUUUGCUAUAUGCACACUUGGUGUUAGAAAUACUGCUGUAGAACAUCUACGUUGAUAUUCUAUGUCGAAAUGAUUGGGAGCCUACUAUAGUUAGACGAGAAUGGUGACGAACCAACUAACGCUGAAGUCACACCUCGCGACCAGCCCUUACGUGGAAUGAACCAUCGACGCAUUAAAGGAUCAUGGACGCUAUGGAGACUGUACAACACAAAGGACGUU